CCACCGUGAGCAUGAUGCUGUGAUGUACGCAUGAGGGAUGCUGUGUUUCCACGGAAGUAUUUACCCCUGCAAGCUGAGGUUUCUGGGAACAUGACUGUCAAUGACCUGUUCCAGGGGAGACCAGCUCAGCCUUGUAACUGGGGGAUCCUGGAGUUGUCUCAACAAUCAAUAAAACGUUUUUUAAACAUUCUACUGAAUUUUACAGGUUGCACAGUAGCGUCUGUCUCAGCUGUCCCACUAAUGCUCCCCCUUGGACAUACAAAAAAAGCCUGAAAAGGAAGCAGAAAGGGAGAAUAAAGAAAUGAGUUCUAUUUCAAGCUUUCCACUGUGUCACCAGCUUUUGACAUGGUCAGCCAAGCUGUUCGACGAACAGUAGUACCCUGUGACACCUGCGCAUACAAUCUGAGAUCUGCCUGUGCUUUAUUAAAUCAGUGUACCAUGAUGAUGCUUUGGCUUCUGCUGCUUUUGUCAAUUUGGGUGUGGUGUGAAGGAGCUGACUCCAGUGAACGGAGAGUUGUUGCACACAUGCAUGGAGACAUCAUCAUCGGAGCUCUGUUCUCUGUCCAUCACCAGCCUCCUGCUGAUAAGGUUCAUGAACGCAAGUGUGGAGCGGUACGUGAGCAGUAUGGCAUCCAGAGGGUGGAGGCCAUGAUGCAUACACUGGACCGAAUCAACGCUGACCAAAACAUCCUUCCCAACAUCACUCUGGGCUGUGAGAUCCGGGACUCCUGUUGGCAUUCCGCUGUGGCUCUGGAGCAGAGCAUCGAGUUCAUACGAGAUUCUCUUGUGUCCUCUGAUGAGGCUGAGGAGUGGGGUGGUGUGACCUCUUGGGGAGGAGGGGGAGGAGGAGGAGGAGCAGCAGCGAUGAAGUGCGCAGACCCAUCUGCUACUCCGAUGCGGGGAAAGAAACCCAUUGUGGGUUUAAUUGGACCAGGGUCAAGCUCAGUGGCCAUCCAGGUGCAGAAUCUGCUCCAGCUUUUCAACAUACCGCAGAUCGCCUACUCUGCCACCAGUAUGGAUCUCAGUGACAAGAGCCUUUAUAAAUAUUUUAUGAGAGUGGUCCCUUCCGAUGCUCAGCAAGCACGAGCCAUGGUGGACAUUGUCAAAAGAUAUAACUGGAGCUAUGUGUCUGCUAUCCACACUGAAGGGAACUAUGGUGAAAGCGGGAUGGAAGCAUUCAAAGACAUGGUGGCCAAGGAGGGCAUCUGUAUUGCUCACUCAGGUAAAAUCUGGAGCAAUGCCGGACAGCAAAGCUUUGAUCGUCUGCUGGAGAGACUGAGGGCGCACCUGCCCAAGGCCAGAGUAGUGGCAUGUUUUUGUGAAGGCAUGACCGUUCGCAACAUCCUCAUGGCUAUGAGACGCCAGAGGCUGGUUGGAGAGUUUCUCCUCAUUGGCAGCGAUGGAUGGGCGGACAGGUACGAUGUGACAGAUGGCUAUGUCAAGGAAGCAGCCGGGGGUAUUACCAUCAAGCUGCAGUCAGCGGACGUGAAAUGGUUUGAUGAUUACUACCUAAAUCUCCGUCCUGAAAACAACCAAAGGAACCCUUGGUUUCCGGAGUUCUGGCAGCAUCGGUUUCACUGCAAACUUAAAGGUCACCCACAGGAGAGCAACAAGUACAACCGCACCUGUGGCAAACGAGACUCCCUACAGCAGCAUUAUGCACAGGACACCAAGAUGGGAUUUGUCAUUAAUGCUAUUUACUCUAUGGCAUUCGGCCUGGAUAACAUGCAACGUUCACUCUGCCCAGGCUAUCAGGGCCUUUGUGAUGCUAUGCGACCUAUAGAUGGUGCUACUCUGCUGGACUUCCUGAUGAAAACCAACUUCACUGGUGUGUCAGGAGAGGGAAUUUUGUUUGAUGAAAAUGGAGACUCACCUGGCAGAUAUGAAAUAAUGAACUUCAAGAAGAUGGGGAAGGACUACUAUGACUACAUCAAUGUUGGUAGUUGGGACAACAGUGGCUUGAAGAUAGAUGAUGAUGAAAUCUGGUCCAGCAAAGAUGCCAUCAUUAAAUCGGUCUGCAGUGAACCCUGUGACAAGGGGCAGAUUAAGGUGAUCCGUAAGGGUGAGGUGAGCUGCUGCUGGACGUGCACCCCAUGCAAAGAAAACGAAUUUGUGUUUGAUGAAUACACCUGCCGAGCCUGCGAGCUAGGCUCCUGGCCUAAUGAUGGCCUCACAGGUUGCGACCCAAUCCCUGUGGAGUACCUGCGAUGGGGCGAUCCAGAACCCAUAGCUGCUGUGGUAUUUGCCUGCCUCGGUCUUAUGGCCACCUUCUUUGUCACUGCGGUCUUCAUCCAUUUUCGGGACACCCCUGUGGUGAAAUCCUCCAGUCGGGAGCUGUGUUACAUUAUACUAGCAGGGAUUUGCCUCGGGUAUCUGUGCACCUUUAGCCUCAUUACAAAACCCCAGGUGAUCCACUGCUACCUCCAACGACUGGGAAUAGGUCUGUCACCUGCGAUGAGUUACUCUGCACUUGUCACCAAGACAAACCGUAUCGCUCGGAUCCUGGCAGGAAGCAAGAAGAAGAUCUGUACAAAGAAACCUCGCUUCAUGUCAGCCUGUGCCCAACUCAUCAUUGCCUUCCUUCUCAUACUGCUGCAGUUGGGCAUCAUUGUGGCUCUUUUCCUCAUGGAGCCACCAGAUGUGAUCCAUGACUACCCCAGCAUCCGCCAGGUGAACCUCAUUUGCAAUACCACUAACCUCGGAGUGGUAGCCCCCCUGGGAUACAAUGGCCUGCUCAUCCUCAGCUGCACCUUUUAUGCCUUUAAGACCCGCAAUGUCCCAGCUAAUUUCAACGAGGCCAAGUACAUCGCUUUUACAAUGUACACCACCUGCAUCAUCUGGUUGGCAUUUGUCCCCAUCUACUUUGGCUCCAACUAUAAAAUCAUCACCAUGUGCUUCAGUGUCAGCCUCAGCGCCACCGUGGCUCUGUGCUGCAUGUUUGUACCUAAGGUGUACAUAAUUCUGGCCAAACCGGAGCGUAACGUGCGCAGUGCCUUUACCACCAGCACCGUGGUUCGUAUGCAUGUGGGAGACGGGAAGUCAUCCUCAGCCGCCAGCCGCUCCUCGAGUCUGGUUAACCUGUUUAAACGCAGAGGCUCUACUGGAGAGACCCUCAGCUCCAAUGGUAAAUCGGUAUCUUGGGCGCAGACAGAGCGCAGCAGCUCAAGAGGCAACCACCUGUGGCAGCGGCUGUCUUUCCACAUCAAGAAGAGGGAGAACAAUCAGACAGCAGUCAUUAAGCCCUUCUCCAAAACCUCUGAGGAGCGUUACUGUGGGGGAUCAGAGUUGCCUCCACAUGCACCUUUGCCCUCCCUCUCUUCCAUGUCCUCCCUGCCCACUCAUCUUGACAGUGGCACAGAUAAGACCCUCUACGAGCUCUCGGAAGCAGAAGAGCACUACUCAAUCACCUACCUGCCGCAGACGCCAUCGCCAAUUAGCACCAUCAGUCAGAGGAUAGGAGCCAGUUUAGGGGAGGAGUCCCAGGUGGCCUGCAUUUCGAAGUACUCCAGCAGUGUCUGCAGCGGUGGCAGCAGCAGCAGUUGCGGGCCUCCAAGCAGUGGCUCUGUUACAGCUGGGAGUGAUGGGCGUCUGGUUGCUGUGGAUGACCGCCCUCCGCUGCCCCAGAAUCUGAUGGAUCAGAUCAGCUGCGUAGUGAACCGCUUCACUGCGAACAUUACCGAGCUCAACAGCAUGAUGCUCUGCACCUCUCCGACGCACACGCACAAACACACUUCCCCCACCGCUCAUCCCCCUGAUCCCUACCUGCUACCUCGAGAGAUCCCAAUGCCCCCAACCCUCACCACCUACGCUGACGUCCAGCCCCUUCCCCCCAUUGAGUCCAGUUUGGGUAGUCGGGGUGGCUGUCCAGUUCACUCCAUCCCUCGCUCGCCCUAUCCCCUGCCGCCGCCUCACCCCCACACAUCCCCCUCUCUCUCCCCCAUAAGAGGAAGCCUGGUCGCAUGCCCCCCCGACUCCCCACUUCGGAGAGCAGAGCUGGAAGAAGAGCUCAUCGCCCUAACUCCUCCUUCACCCUUCCGUGACUCUAUGGGAUCCAGCAGUGGCUCCCAGAUCUCAGAGACAGGUCUGAUUGUUCCUCCAGUCCCAAACCACCCACCCCCCUCCCCCCCUUCACCCAGGUACACCAGACUGACUCUCAGAAACUACAGUCAGAGUUCAUCCUCACUGUGAGGGAGAGGUAAUAAGCUGGAAAAGUAGAGUAAACAGGAUCGACAGACUGGAAUCCAUUCAUCACCGUUUGGAGUAAAAACCCGAAGAGACGUCGUCAUGGAGGGCUGGUUGGUGAAGACACCAAGCUGUGUUUGUGUUUACAUGUUUACAGUGAGAUGCAAGUACAAGAGGCCUGCAGGGUGUUUUAUUUUCUCGCUGUCUUUAUUGAGGCAGAACUGAAAACGGCCAUUCUGACACCUAGGUGUUUCGGAAACAGUAGAAAUCCUUCCUGGAAGUUCUCUGUCAUUUAGAUUGGGUUAGUGGCCUUAAGGUAACUCGGCUGACAACUAAUUACAGAUUCUGUGUGUGUGCUUCAGUGGGCCUGAGUGUGUUUUUGUUGUAUCUUAGAAGAGAGGUUAUGGGAAUAUGGCAGCAGAGAGUGCCUGUAAGAACCACAAAGGGACAAGCUACAAAGGGCACAUACGGUAUAUAUUUGCUAACACAAAUUCUAAAAGUGUGAGCACACAAUUAUAAAUAAAGUGUGUGGGGAAUAGCAUUGGAUUUAUAGGAGACGUAGUAAAUUUUGUCUUUAGUCUAACUAGUGUCUAAUAGAAGUGCAUUGCCAGAACAGGGUAACACACUAAAACAGUGUGUUAAACUAGAAAACUUACAAAAGCAUAUUUUAUUUUGCUCAGCUCUCAUUACAUCAGUCUGGUGUUUUCAUAUUUUCUACUCUUCUAAUAAGUCUGAAUGUAUAUUUUCUACAUUAUUCCAGAGGCAGUUGGGACCAAAUCUUUUGUAGCUCUAUGCCUGUAACUGGAGACAGAGGGAGAACGGGGGAGGUGUGACGAGACCGGGCCUUAUUUUUACCGUGAACAUUUUUGCCGUUUAGCUCUCACUCAGGUGGAUCAUCGGGAGGGAUCUGACCUCAAAGCUUUUCUGCUAAUGUGUGGCAUUCAGAAGUACAUUCUGUAAGGCUUAGCUGGAUCCCAGUCAUGACGUUUUCCUGAUACAUGUGUCAGCAGGUGGCAGUGACCUGUUACAUGUAAGACAGUGCCGGAAAUGGGAUUCGUUAGAGUGGAUGUUGUUUAAAAUUUCAGUGGGGCACAAAUUAAUAGAUUCAAGCUGGGAGAAAGACUCUUUCUCAGUCUCCUAAAAGGUCAUUUGUUUGAAAAAAGUUUUCUUAAUUUUUUAAGACAAGUUAUUUUGUAAAAUUUGUUUUUUUUAAUCUGUUUAGAAACUGAAAUGGUGGCACAUCCCUUUUAUCACAAGAUCAAAAUAAAGCAGAUGAAGAAAAGACAUCCAGCAUGGCCAAAUGUUCACAAUGAAGAGUAAAAACACUGACAUGAAAAUAAAUCUGAUUAACAUUUCCUUUUUUUGGAAAUAAUUGCUGUCCUACUGAGAGGGAUGUAAAGUCAAGGUUAGGGUGAAACAUGUUGUAGUUGCAAGUUGGAAAAUCUCUGAGAUUUUCUAACUGGUUUGGUGCUAACAGUUUUUAGCAAUACAAGUUGAUAACAAUUUAUUUGUGUCCAUUUUACAUGCUCAAAGACUAAAAAAUGUGUUCGCAAAUUUAUAUUUCACAACACAAUGCUGGAUUUCCUACUUUAGGGGGAAAUCUUGUUUUUCCAACUGGGAACCUGAAAAAGGCCAACCUACAAGUAUGUAGGACACACAUUAUAAUGUUUUGUUUCCUUCACUUUGCUCUAUUUAAUGCAUUUUCUUUGGUAAUUUAUGGCACCAAUUCACUAAUGCUGAUGGUAACUAAUUACAGUAUAUUAGAAUAGGACACCGACCAGCUUGUGGUUUGAAGGUUUACUGCUAACUGAAUUCCUUUUGCUACAAUCCCAAAUACAGAACGGGGUUAUCUCCAGUCAUAUGAAGCAUAGAGAACUGCAAGCUGUCAGUCAUCUGUGUAUCAUGAGUAAAGGAGUUAAAUUACCCCAAAUGUUUCCCUUUCUUAAAAAAGAUCAAUUGCACGUUUUUUCUUAGAAAAGAAACAGUGAUUUAUAGUUUGCCAACUAGACAUGUGCCACACAUCACUCUUUUAAGAUAAUCUGGCUCUGAAACAAACAUUUUAAUCAGUUUGUCAGGCUUCCAGUUGUUACCUUGCAAAGAGCAGAAUGGGGGAAAAGGCUCAUAAGAAUUAAAUUCUGUACAAUAAAAAUCAAUAAAUUAGUUUCUGGUUUAUUUAAAUAUCACCAUAUCUCCCUAAGUUAUCUUUUGGCUUUCUGGGGUUUUGCGAACAAUGAUGUUUCAGCUCAGUGCUUGAGAACUUUUAAAUAAUCAUCUUAUUAUCCGCAGCUCCAUUUGUUGUAAAAGUUGUGUUGUGAAUAUGUAAGAGGGAUUUUCAAACGGGUGAAUAUCAUUACUGUCAGUAAAUACAUUCAGCCAUUGUCUUCAUAUUGUCUUAUUUGGGAGCACAGUUGCAGCCCACCAGCCACCAUAGCACCUCCUUGCUAAACUGCUUUUGCACUGUGCAUUUAUGUUGCAAGUGAGCCAAUAACCUAUCCAUCUAUACUUGCUAAUUUGUUAGGCGUUAGGGUGCCAACACUGGCAAACAGUUUCUUUUCCAUUAGUACCUGGUUGGCUCAGCUCUAUUCAGUUCUAGACGAUUCAGGCCAUUGCAAUUGAGUACCACCUCAAUGUGGGUGGGGUCAUCAUAGCAAAGUGUUUCAAAAAGUAACGUGAUUUAUAUGAGAAACAAACACUUGUGUGGGUUUAAAUUUAAAAAUACACUCACUAUCAUCCAUCACUGAAUCCACUCAUGCAGUGGCCGAGUCGAAUCUAAUCUCCCUCCCAUUUCUGGCCUGUUGCCCGUAAAUGGCAUCUAUUUGUUCAAACCACUUCCAGUUUUUUUGGUUCUAACCGCUUCCACCGUUGUGGCCCUUCUUAAUUUGGUAAUCGCCUUUCAGCUUUUUAAGCUUCUCACGUCAUUGCUUUGCAGUUUGCUGAUACCAGUUAGCAGUCAUCAACGGAGUCGCUCCAGUGACACAACCAGUGACUCCACCCCCUAGCCAAUCAGUGACCGAAUGUCUUCUGACAUCGGCUCCACUCGGCUCGCUUUGAAACCUGGCCAAUUAGUAUAAAAAGGAAUUUGUACCAAGUAGCAGUUACUAAUGGAAAACCCUUAUAACAAAGUAGAGCCAAUUCAGUUCUUUCUCAUGGUUAACUGGCUUCUGGAACACUGUUAAUAUUGACCAAACAAGCAUUAGAGUGGUGUAUUUAUUCACAGCUCACUCUCAGCAAGAAAGCAAAUCGCUUACAGUACCUUCAGAUUUUAUGUCAGUUGCUUUCAGCUCAGGCCUGGUUCUGUGUCAUACUUCCUGGAGAGUUGACUGUCUCAUAUUAGGAGAUGUUUUUUUGGAUGUCUGAGCAGACGUCACGUUUGGCUUUGUGGAGAUUUGGGUAUGCCUUUAAAGCGAAUGUAUUUACAUGUGCCAACACUUGCUUUCUGGAACGCAACGGGUGACAAAAUGUGCCGAUGUAUGCAUUUCCUACGGUCCUUCUGACAGAGGAGGCCUUUGUUUGUAUCUGCAUCAGUACCAAACAUCUAGAGGUUCAGAUGCACAACCAAUGCAUUUUUACCUUUGAUCUGUUAACUGCAUCACAUAUGAGCCCAGUUUAAAGAAAUUACCAAGCAAUUAUCAAAGCAGAAAUCAGUGCUUCAAAGUGUUACCUGCAACAUGUUGUCCUCCACAAUCUCCAUAAAGUUUCUGCACCAUGUGCAUUUCUCUCAUGUAAAGGAUGCAGAAGCAGUCUGAUGUUUGUUUAGCAUUUGCGCUCCACUGUAGCUGCCAAGAACAAACUCAGACAAAGUGAUCCUGUAAAUAACAAGGGCAUGCAAAGACAGGUCUGUUUUAUUUGAAUUAAUUCAAUUAAGAUGAAAGACAAUUUAUUUACAUAUCAACAAAUGUUCAAAAAAAGAAAAAAAUUUAAUGUUUUUAAGCUGUGUUAUAACAUACAGUACAAAUAUGUGUUACGACUAGAGAAGCUGUGUUCCUACGCUGAAUGUGUGAGUGACAAAUCCUAUUCAGAUGUCUUGUAAUUGAAUAAUAUUAUAAUACUUGCUAUUAAUAUGAUUAUUGUGCCAAAGGGGUAAGAGGUGUCUAGUUUACUAGAUUGUGGGUAAAAAUAUGUGGUUUCAUACAAAAAAAUAAAUACAUGUAAAUUGUUUCUAUUGUUUUGGAUAAACUUUAGAUAAAUAUUUCAUAUUUUUCAGUGUAAAAGCAAUAUUAUAUAUCUAUAUACAAGGUCCACAACCGGGGUUUUUUAAAUCAUCCAAAAUUGCCACUUUUGUUGUAGUCUUUGGAUAACUCUGAAAGGACGGUGGAUUGAUAUGUUGAAACUUUGUGCUUUGCUUUGUGUUUAAGUCUGUAUUUAUUUAAAUUGCUUUGGUGUUAUUUUCUUACUCUUGGGUUUACACUUUGAUCACAUUUAUACUGUCUGCAGUCAAAUUUAAUGGGGUGAAAUGUGUGUAAAAUUGUUUUACAUUGUAAAUUUGGAUGAAAUAAUGCAACAAAUGGGUCCAAGAUGGGUGUGUGUGUGAGUGUGUGUGUGUGUGUGUGUGUUUGUGUGUGUGGGCGGGGCUGAUAAACUCAAGCAACACACAAGGCGAUCUCUCGCUAAAAACCAUCAUGCAGAGUUUCUACAGAGAUUUAAAAAGUACUAAUGAUUUCUAGAAUGUAUUUUAAAAAAAAAUAUGCUGGUUUUGUUUUAAAGGCUUGCCCACAUAUUCGAAGUCCAUUGUUUGCCACGCUAGAUAGAAUUUCAUCUUGGGCCCACCAACAGGUAUCUCUUUUACACUAGCCAUGCUUGAUCAUUUUUUUCCACAGUUUUUAAUUUCCAUACUAGUUUUAUAGAGGUUUUCCUGAGCUCAGAUAGACUUUUAAAUCAGGCGCUUAACAUAAGAUAAAGAUGUUCAGAGAGGACAGUUUGAAUAUAGGCUGAUCAGUUUUUUGGUGUUGACACAUUAAGCUUUCAAGAUUUUCCUUGGAGCCUCCAGGCCAGCAGGGGUCCUUGAGCAGCAGCGAAGUCUACUGGUAUCUUGUGACCAGUGUUGCCAGGUGUACGAUAAUUAUCGUAUACGUACGAUAAUUUUGCUCUCUGUACGAUGUACGAUCAAUAUUCCUAAAACAAAAGGCCGAAUGUACGAUACUUUGACCAUUCCGUGAAUGUGUGGUUGUAAUCAGUUGUCAUCAGCCUAUCGCCAAAGUCUGUCGGAGUUUUUUUGUGAACCUUGAAGGCAUCUGCGUCCAGAUUCGGAAACAAAUGCUGGAAAUUCCAGCCAAUCGCGCUUUUCUAAAUGUGACCUACGUGUGACGUGAUGCGUUGGCCUCAGAACAACGGCCAUGAUUGGCUGAAUAGUCAAAAGAAAAAAAGAAAAGAAUAAGAAGCAGAGCCGGAACUGUGGGGCUGCAGAUGUUGAUAAAUCCAUUCCGUACUGACGUCACAAAGCUGCGAGUUCCUGUUAGACGCUAUUCAACACAUCAACAGACUUGUUAUUUUGGUUAUGACGAGUGUACGAUAAUUUCCCUCAAAAUACGAUAAUUUUACAUCUUUAGUACGAUAAUCCUACAUUUCUCAUCUGGUAACACUGCUUGUGACAGCUCUCCCUGUAUGUGUAACAUUGAAACCACAAACUACUUGUCAGUGAGAAACAUCUAUAAAAUGAUGUUUUAAAACAUAAUUCAAAUGCAGACCAUUGCAUUUGUGACAUAUGUUCUCCAAAAGCUGAUUAUCAUUGUUUAGCUGAGCCCUAAUUCGUGUGUUGAUGUUUGAUUUUACUCCAAAAUAGUAAAACAAAAUCACCAAAUUAAUAUAUUGCUUUGCUGAAGAGGACUUUAACAAUGUGAUGUUUUAUGUUUCUACAUUGUUUUUGUAGCAUGCAGAUAAUAAAAGCAUUCCAUCAUCCAACCUAUAAAAUUUACAGUGAAUGUUUUCACUCAGACCUGAAAAAUAUUCAUUUAGAAAUAUGAAAAUGUGAGUCUGGAGGAGCAUGAUUUUUUUUAAAUUGAAGGUUUGUAGGAACCCUGCACAUGUGUUAAUGUUGAGCUGGUAUGUGGAGGAGACGGUUUGGUUGGUGCUGUCACUGAAUGUGUUCAGAUUGGGCUCCGAGACAAACAGAAAGCUUGCUUCAGCAGUUCAGCUGUUCAGUAGGAGCCUCCUGGAUGAAGCGUUGCUUCCUCGGCAGAAAAACGAGUAUUUAUCUCACUCUCAACAACCUAGUUUUUAAUUUAUUGGCUGUUUCAUACAGACCAUGUAAAAUGGUAAUUAAUUAACAGAUUACAAAACUGAAUGGAACACCAUAGUUGUAUAAUACUGUUGUGUUAAAAGCUUAUUAAGGAUCUUUUUAAUACUAUGAUUGAUAAAACCCCAAGCAUAGCUUUAAUGCAGCAUUUCAACUAAAUCAGUUUGUUUGGGAAAGGAAAGCAUUUGUUUCUUUAUUAAAAUGAAAUAUGGACAUGAGUCUAAACUGGUUUUUUUUCACUCAAAAUGCUGUUGCCAACUCAUUUUGAUAAAUACACUCUAAUAAAUUGAAUUGAUAAUCCCUUUGCUUUAACAUUCCUUUAAUCCAGACUUGGUAAUCUAUUUAGUUGGUGAAAAAAAUAUAUAUUUAGAUAGUUUAGACCAUUUAAAUAACACUUAAAGCCAGUGUAGAGGUUAUUCCUGUUUCGCUCUAAAAGGUCAGUUGAUCCUGAUGUCAUGCCCCUUUUCUCCCUUCAGCAUUAUUUGAACAGGCUUUAGGCAUUAGGUUUAUUUGAUGAUGUAGUGAAGACAGGCUUUAGUUGCCAUAUAGAGAGAAUUUAGUUGACCUGCUUUAGCAUAAAACACGAAAUGUUCUGUUAGGUCUGACAAUGUUGCACAUAAAUAAAUACCAUGACUUUUCAGUACAGGCAAAGUAUGUGAUAAAGCAACUGUCUCUCGCAAAGAUCAGUGAUGGGUUAUAUAAUUAUAAAGUGUUUGGGUUAGGUAAUCCGCUAGCUCUCAGUCAGCUGUUUAUCAUGUGUAUCAAGUCUGUUUUCUUCUCUCGUCAAUAACUCUUAUAAAACAUGACCUUUGAAUGGGCAACAAACUCUUACGUAUAAACAAAUAGUCGCAUCGGAAGAAUUUAGGUUGUAUUUAUUUACAUAAUCAAACUAGGGAUCCAAGGUUUAUGUUUAAGGUUGAAGUUUAGUGUUGGAGGGUUACAUUUUGAGUAUAGAUAGGAUUAUUUUGAAUAAAAUAUAGUCCAUGUUAAAUUGUUUAUUGCUUAAAAAACAAAAAUAAAAGGAAAAAGAAAUUAAAUUAAUAAUUUUAGUGUUUGUUUUUAACUACUCAAGACCAGUGGGGGAUUUUGCUUGAAUGGUUGUUUGUGUGAACGCCUGGUUCUGCACACCAACAACAACCUAAGGUGGUCCUGAUGCCAAAUAAGCAUUAGACCUAUUGAAUAAAGGUUUCAGAGAUUCUCUGUAAGAUGUAGAAUAGUCUAAUUCAGAUUUUAAGCUAGAGAGGAUGAAAUACAGCUAUGAUUUCUUAUCCUGAGUCAUAAAAAACUGACAACUUACUUUUAAAAGAUUAAGAACUGCCAGGUGCUCGACCACCCCUAAGACUGUGCUCCCCUGAGCAGUGAGCCCAUUUCAAAACUCGAGGCAGCACAUGAGCGGAUCUACUGCUGUAGCAGGAAGUGUUGAGACUCUAGAGCAAAUUUGCUCUGUCUGUUUAUUUGUUUCAUGUAAUUCAGAAUAACAUCUGCGUUUACAGUGUAAACACCACUUAGACAUCUGGUUGUGCACUCUGUCAGAACACACCUGGAGAGAUGUGUUUUGGAUGUUCCAUUUAACGCUAUCAUGUAAUUAUGAUAAUGAACACUCUUGGUAAUUUGGCGUUAUUGUUUAUGUUAGACUAUUAUUGUGAAUUAAUGAAGUCUAGCCUAUGAUGCUUUGAUUCCCUCACAUUUAAGUCAGUUUUGUUUAUGUUCUCUUUGUGCACUGUGUUAAACACAAAAGCACUCAUAACUUGGAAGAAAAGAUUACUGUAAGGAUACAUUUUUUUUACCUUUUUUUAAAGCAAUACCUCAAAUUGCACAAACAUUUUGAAAAUGAGUUUGAACAAGACCUUUCACUUCAAGUCUGUUUUUUCACCGGACUACAGGUGCAUCAAAUUAAUUAGCAUAUUGAAAAGUUAUUUGAAAGUGAAAACAUACAUUAUAUUGACCAAUUACAGACAGAGUGAUAUAUUUUAAACAUCUGUUUUGCUUAAUUAUGUUGCCUAUUAAGUUAACUUUUCAAUGAUAUUCUAAUGUAUUAGGAUGAACCUGUAAAUCAACUGAUCAACUUCUAAAUUAAUACCAUAAGACAAGCCUCUUCAGGUUUAAGGCACUUGGGACAUUUGGGUCUGCUCUAGAACGGUAGUUUUCAAUUGGGGGCCGUGGCCUCCUGGGGGUUCGCCAGGGGGCGCUACGGGGGCCUGAGAAAGGUUAGGGGGAUGAUAAAAAAAAAACUGUUCUUAUUCUCAACAGAUUGUUGAAUGUUAUUCAGUGGGAUUAUAAUUGUGUUAACAUAUUUUAAUAAUAUUCUUACAUUAAAGAAAUGUAUUGAUUAGUGAAUAGUUAGUAAAAGACAUUUUAAAAAGUUGAUGUUUCUUUACAUAAUUUUUAGCAUCGUCUGUGGGUUUACAAAAGGGGGUACCAGCCCAGAAGCUAAUGCUCUUUGGGGGGCCAUGGCAUGGAAAAGUUUGAGAACCCCUGUUCUAGAAUACAUCACAAGAUGCAUAAAAAUGUCCUGAAUGUUGCUCUGUUUGCUGCAGUCAGUAAGAAUAACAAAAUCCAAAGCCUUGAUGUUGACAACUAGCAUCGACAGUAUUUUUGUAAAUGUGUCUGAAGCUGCUGAUUUGUAUGAUUUUAUAACAGCAAAACAAACUUUUUUUUCACACGCUGUGGAUCCCCCAGAAAAUUAUAUUGUGCAGAACAAGAGGAACGAGUUAGACUGUGUGAUAUAUUCAUAUAAGGGAUAAGAAAGGAAGGUGUAUUUAUUAAUUUAUCUUUAACACAUGUAAGAAAGUGAGAUUAGUUAUUUAAUGGGCUUGUGUUCAGUCAUUCGGUUUGCUUAUGUAACAGAUGGUUUUGGAAUCAUGUCAAAAUGGUGUGUUUAUGGUUUAUAUAUAAAACUUUUCAGUGCUUUCUUCUUUUUAAAUGCAAAAAUAAACCUUAAAGGCGUUAAAGAAAUACCAGUUUGAGUGUUUUACAUUUGUCACUACCACCAUGGAAAAAAUAUGAGUGAAAAGUCCUCAUAAAUACCCCUGAUCAUUCAGUAGAGUGUUGCUAUAUAAAUAAAUGAAAUGUUGAAAAUGGACGCAAUGUUUACCCUCCUUGGAGAAAAUCAAAACUAUCUGCUUUAAUUACCGACUUGAGCUACAAUGAGAUUUUAAAUGCUUGUGAGCAAAUGUUUUUUUUUCUCCAGCAAAUGACCUGAGCAGAAAAACAAAUUACGCUCACAACAGCAACUCAUCAGCAUAUAAAUUACAGCUGAAUGCCGUGUUCCAAUCUGUUUACAGCUUAGAUUUAUCUUCAAAAACUGUAAUUGAACCGAGGCUCAUCGGAGUGGCAGUACUCAGACUUUAAUUUGAUCAAAAGAAAAUGAUGAUGAGUUAGCAUAAACUUAUAGAGAGAGAAGUGGAAUGAGUUAAAUUCCCACAGUGUGCAGGAUUUAUUAGCUUGUUACUUAAGAUUUUAUUUUGAAGUACUUAUUCACUCCAGACAGAAAAUGACUGCUACAGAUUUUUGUUUUUAAGUUCAGACUUUCCUCUGACUCUGCUGGUGUUCAAUUAAUGCAGUUUUAUAAUAAGAUCUUCUCUUCAGUAAAGGCUUUAAAGUGCUCUUUUUUUAUUAGGUGGAUAAACAGUAAGCAGGGAAAUAACUAAACUCCAAUUUCAUGUGAAGUGGUUGGUAAAUGAGAAAAAUCUGUAAACUAUAGUGUCCAAAUUCCCAAAAAUGUUACAAGUUCACUCAUGUUACUUGUCUUCCUAAGGACAUGUGAGAUUGUUUAAUGAUUAUAUUUUAUUUUAUUCUCUCUUCAAGAGCUGUACAAUGUACUUUGUAAUUUGGUAGAUGGUUUAAUAAAUGCUGAUUUAUUCAAAAUAUCUGGUUAACUUUGAAAAUUGUCAAAUCUAGUAAUUAGAAUUAGAAAAAAACUAUAUUUUCUUGCAUUAUUAUGCAGAAUAUGCCCCCAAGCUUGUUUUGUCUGCAUUGGGGAACUGGAUUCAACGUUGUUUGUUGCUGACACCAGAGCUUAGAAAUGUUCUGCCAGGUCCUCAUGCUGGUUUGGCCAAAUCAGUGCUCUUCUGAUCACCAGGAAAUUAAAGCUGAUCUUCUCUUUCAAACUGUUUUAUGCUUGUAUAAAGGACUUCGUCUGUGCCUAUCUCUGAGAAAAGCAAGAUAAAGAGAGGGUAAUUAGGUUUCUUCUUGUACCUUGGAUACAGCAUUUUACACGCACAUCUUCCUGUUCAUUAAAAUGCUUUUCUUAAAAAGCGUGUUUACCUUAAAGCUGAAGCAUAUAAUUACAACAAAAAAACCCUCCAAAUAUUUAACAGUUUUCGGGACAUCUGCGCAUUGUUUUUGUUUAUGAAAAGGGGAAUGGCAGACCUAGAGCACAGACUACUCAUAACUUUUACACUUUUCACAUGUAUCAUGUUACCACCACAAAUGUAACCUAUUUUAAAUUCUUCUUAUUUUAUUUUAUGUGAUAGAUGAACCUAAAGUACUGCAUAAUUGUAAAGUUGUACCUCAUUUUUAUCUUUUUGUCAUUUUAGUACCAGAUUUGCACAACUAGAGGCAUUAGUUGGAUUUAAGUCUGGACUUUAACUAGGCCAUUCUAACUCUGCUCUCACAUUUCAUUGUAGCACAUUGUAGCUGUAUUUUUUUGUGUUGUUUUCCUGCAUGAAGGUGAACCUUCACCUAUCUGAAGUAUUUUGUAACAUCCAACGAUUGCCCUCUAUUUACCUCCGUACAUCUUUCCAUCAGCUUUACCAGCUUGCUUGUCCAUGUUGAAGAAAAGCAUCCCUAGAGUAUAAUACUGUCAACAUCAUGUUUCACUGUGGGGGUGGUGGGUUCAGGAUGAUAUGCAGUGUUAACUUUCCAACACCACCCACCCUUAUACUAAGAUUGAAUUACAUACAGACUCUGUUAGCAACCUUUUAAGGAAUUUGCUUUGAUUUUAUUUGGGAAUAGCAGAUUAAAUGGGUCUAAAUACAAACACAUGUCACACCUGUCUGGUUUUUAUUUGUAAAUUCAUUAAAAACCAUUUAUCAUUUUCCUUCCACCUCAACAUUAUGCACUCCUUUCUGUUGGUCUGUCACAUAAAAUCCCAAUGAAAUACAUUGAAGUUUAUGUUUAACAAAAUAUGAAAAAAAUGCAAGGGGUGUGAACGGUUCAGCAAGGCACUGUAUAUUGCUACCUCUUUUCUCUGUUUCAGCUACUCUGUACUUUUCACACUGGUAACAAAUGGAGGGCAGGGAGUGCAGAAGUCUGCUGAAGUCCUGUACAAAAUUAAACUUGGUGAGUCAAAGAAGGGACUAAGAUGUAUUGGUUAAGGGAACAAGUAAAUUCAGUGCUUUGCAAGCAAUUUUUUGCUUACAGAGUGCUGCCUCUGUAGUUUAGCACAAACAAAAGUUGCCACAGUUUGACUCACCACAGUCCAACACACCCCUGCUUUGCAGUAAGAGGUAGCCAACCUAACAUGGAAGAAAACUCACAGAAAACGUCUUGUUUUUAACUAACAGCUUUGAAAAAUACGUUUUGUGGUGGGGAGACAAAAAUCAAAGAUUGCCCUUUUAAAAUUAUUUUUGUUGCCACUGAUAAUCAUUGGGUAAGUGAACAACAAAGUACAUUUGAAUUAUUAUUAUUAUUAUUGUUAUUAAAAAAUCAAUGUUUGA